ACUGACGCUGUAACCAUGGCAGCGGUCAUUCUCGGGAUCGUAAUGACAUCAAAACAAGACGAAAUCUUUAACGGCGUUCUCUCCGGGGACUUAGAAAACAUAAAGCAGCUUCUAGAAAGUAGCGAUGGCUCAGAAGAGUCACACGAGCAUGAUUUGUUUGGAAAAGUGGACGAGAUGGGAAGAAACGCCCUCUUAACUGCCUCCAUGUUAGGGAAGAGCAGCAUUGUUCGUGAGUUGGUGAAACACGGGGCCAAGGUGGACGGGCAAACCGUCAGAGGUUAUACAUCACUGCAUCUUGCUGCUUGCUGGGGCCACCUGGACACAGUGAGGACCCUGCUUGAACUGGGAGCUGAUACACAGGCCAAGACCUUCAGAGGGGAGAGGCCUGUGGACUUGGCCAGGAGAUACUCCCAGGCAGACUGCACUGACUGUCUCACACAGGCUGAACAUGGACAGGAAGACAUUAUACCUGACUCAGAAGGACAUCAAGAGGCACAUCCUCUACAGGGUGAGACUGAGUCAGCAAGUCAAAAAAAACCAAAUACUCAAACUUCAGAAAAACAACCCCUUACUACACCCUAGGUUUAGUUUUUUAAGAACAUUAUAUCCUUAAGGCAAUAAAAUAUUAACACUUUUACUAAAAUAUUGUUUUGAGCACAUAGGAUUUUCAUUAAAACAGCAGAGAAGUGUGUGUUGUGAUUACUCUAUAGAGUGCCUUGCAUAAUUAUCCGUCCCCCUUCAGGUUCUUCACUUUGUCACUUUGCAACCACAAACUUUAUGGCUGUACUAGAGAAAUGAUAUAUGUUUUGUUUUUUUAAUAAUCUGAAAAGUGUGACAUACAUUUGUA